AUUUCUAUGUUUGCAACACUACAACCAUCGUAAAACGAACUGUCAAACUGUUCAAACUGUCAUUCAUUUUUUGUGAAACGGCUAGCGAAAUGUCUGAUUCAGCCGGUGAUAAUUCAAAACCACGAGUGGUUGUUUUAGGAGGAUGCGGCUUCAUCGGCCGAAAUUUGGUGGAGUAUUUGAUCAGUAAUGACUUGGUGAGCGGGUUGCGGGUGGUGGACAAGACUCCGCCGCAACUCGCGUUCCUCAACCCGGCACACACUAAGGUUUUCAACGACCCCCGCGUCGAGUACAAAAGCGCCAACCUUAUCAACCCCGCAUCAUGCGCAUCAGCGCUAGACCCUGGCGAUGGAGAGCCCUGGGGCCUGGUGGUGAACUGCGCUGGUGAGACCCGGGUGGGCCAGACGGAGGCGGUGUACGCCGAGGGCAUCUUCACGCUCAGCGUGAACGUGGCCAAGAACUGCGCUAAGAUGAAGGUGCCCAGACUCGUGGAGAUCUCCAGCGGACAGAUGUACAGCACUGAUAAGCCCCACAAAGAAGACGGUCCCGUGGACCCGUGGACGGUCGAGGGUCGCAUGAAGAACAAAGUAGAGCAGGAGCUGAAGAACAUGGACGGGCUGAACUACACCAUCAUUAGGCCAGCUAUAGUCUACGGCGUGGGGGAUAGAAGGAGUUUGACUCCUCGCCUCUUAUACGGCGGUAUCUAUAAACACCUGAACGAAACAAUGAAGCUUCUAUGGACAGCGGAUCUGAAGAUGAACACGGUCCACGUGAGCGACGUGUGCCGCGCCGCCUGGACCCUCGGCACCAGCGCACAAGCGAACAGACAGACGUAUAACGUGGUGGACGACGCCAACACCACGCAAGGGCUGCUCGCUGAACUAGUGUCGGACAUCUUUAAUAUCAACCAUGAUUAUUAUGGUACCGCUAUAUCCACGCUGGCUAAGAACGACAUAGCAUCGGUGGCGGAGGAGGCGAACGACAAGCACCUGACGGCGUGGGCCGACAUGUGCCGCAAGUACUCGCUGGAGCACACGCCGCUGGAGCCCAGCGCCGGCGCCGAGCUGCUCCUCAACAAGCAGCUGUGCCUCGACGGGAGCAAGCUGCGGCCCAUCCUCGCCCCCGGCGUGCCCGCGCCCACCUCCGACAACUUGCGACAGGUGCUUGAGGACUACGCUUCCAUGAAUCUCUUCCCCAAAGAGCUCCUGCUAUGACCACAAAAGUGAAGAGAUCAGCUAUUUUUGUACCGACAAGCCAUUUUAUUAAAAGACGAAAUUUUAACCUAUAUACAUAAGCUUUGCGUCGAUUCUGCGAUCGACCGCGCGAGCAUUUUAUUGUAAGACUAAAGUCUAUUUAAGAUAUAUCGAUAAGUAAUAUUGUAAUCGAUAUAAUAGUAUCGAAUAGGGGAUUCUAAGAAUGUUAUUCUCAGAUCAACAUCAUUAAUUUGAAGAAAUAAAUAGAAAAGAAUGUAUGGGUUUCCUAUACGAUUUUAAUCGAUUAUAAAAUACUACUAUAUCGAUUAAAGUUUGCCGUCAUUUUAAAGAAUAGAUUUUAUUCCCAAUGUUUUAUUCACCAAUCGGGGUGCUUUAGGCUGGCUUAUUUUGUAGUUUGGCUGAAAAUUGUUUUGAUUUUUUCUAACAUUUAAACUUAAUACACUGUGAUAAUGACGUGUGAUGCUGUGAAACUCAAAAUAUCUAGUAUUCCGACAAAAAUAUUUUAGGUGAGCAGACAAUAAAAAUCUAUAAGUCGUCUAACGAACUAACGGUCUUACUGUUAAGCAAUUGAAGACUGGAUACCAAAAAGCAAUGUUAGAGAUCAGUUCGUAGAUAAUUUACAGUGUCAGCAGUAGGGAUAACAAACUAGAAGAUCGGUAACAUAUGAUUCCACUGGCUUUCGACGCACAAAUCGACCAAUAUAAUAGCAAAGCUGCACCUUUAAACCCUUUUUGGAACUACAUCAACCGAGCCGACCUAUUAGGGAUGUUUGAGACUCCUAAACAAGCAGAGAGUUUAGCUGAUCUUUUCAAUCAACAAAUACCUAUUUGAUAUCAUUUUAAAUAACUGAAAUUGGUCCUUCAAAACAAAACUAUAUACCGAUCUCUAUCGUUAACCGUCGUGAUUUUACUAAAUUCUAUAUUUGGAUUGUCAAUGUUACGUCUAUUCCAUCCAACAGUAUCAAUUGAGAAACGAGAUUAUAUAGCGGCGCAUCCUAGCCGCGUUUAGAGGUACUUAAACGAUUUUUUUUUACUUUAUUUUAUGGUGCAAAAUACUUAUAACAUGCGACGAAACUGGCCUCAAAUAACACUUUAAUUAUUCUUAAUUCAAUAAUACUGCCCUAGGACCAUUUUAAUCGCACUGCCUAAUUAUAAAAUGUCGAUUUUUAAAUUAAGGAAUUGAUAACGUCUAGAAUUGGUCAAAUUCUGUAGAUCUACGGUAAGAUUUCAAAAUGAAUUACGCGUAGUUUCUUAUCGAUAAGUCACACGUUUUUAUAUCGAUACAUUGAACACAAAUAUCGACACUUCCUACACCUUAUAUCUUAUAGGCCGUGAUAACUAACAUAAGGAAACAUUUAUGAAGUGCAUUUUUAUUCUAUUUACGUAAUGUGCUUUGUAUUUUGUUUUUUAGUCAGCGCACUUAUUCGUUAGAUAUGAUUGCUCGCAGAAACGUAUUUCAGUAUGUAUAUUGUGGUGAUAAGCUAAGAAUAUAUUCAAUAUUUCGAUCUAAAUUUUAAUAAUUUCGGAAUUUAUAAACUUCCAUUGUAUUUACAAGUAUAAAAUAUUUCUGUGCUCCUUAUUUUAAUAAUAUAACCAUUCAAAACAGCGACAUCUGUACUGUAAUUUACUAUAAUAUACAUUUAAGCGUAUAAAAUAACACCGCAAUAAUUAAAAUAUCGAGCACGCUGAAAGGAAUCGUACUAAUACUAAAGUGAUUUUAUCGAUAUCGAUUAUAAUCGAUAAAUAAUGUCGAUGCUGUAUCGAUUAAAAUUAUAUUUACGAAUUAUUUUCUAAAUCGCAUUAGCUAUUACUGUUCGAGUAUUGAAAGAGUAUUGUUUGAAAUUAUUGAAGCUUGCGAUGUUUCGUAUUAUUUUAAUGUCAACGUAUUAUGUAAUAAAUACUUUUAUUUGCGUA